AUGUCACUUCUAAAUGGGAUGGGCCUCACUCCAGUGUCCUUCAUCCUCAAUGGCAUUCCUGGUCUGGAGGAUGUGCAUCUAUGGAUCUCACUCCCGUUCUGCACCAUGUACAGCAUUGCCCUCACAGGGAACUUUGGGCUUGUGUACCUCAUCUACACAGAGCAGUCCUUCCACAGACCCAUGUUCAUCUUCCUGGCCCUUCUUUCCAUCACGGAUGUGCUCAUGUGCACCAGCACUCUUCCCAACACUCUCUGCAUACUCUGGUUCAACCUCAAGGUCAUUGAUUUUAAAGCCUGCCUGGCGCAGAUGUUCUUUGUGCACACCUUCACAGGGAUGGAGUCUGGUGUGCUCAUGCUCAUGGCCCUGGACCGCUACGUGGCGAUCUGCUAUCCCCUGCGCUAUGCCACCAUCCUCACUAACGUGGUCAUUGCUAAGGCUGGGCUCCUCACUUUUCUCAGGGGUGUGCUUCUUGUCAUCCCUUUCACUUUGCUCACCAAGCGUCUAACAUAUUGCAGGGGCAACAUCAUCCCCCACACGUACUGUGACCACAUGUCUGUGGCCAAGAUAUCCUGUGGGAAUGUUCAGGUCAAUGCCAUCUAUGGGCUGAUGGUUGCCCUCCUGAUCGGGGGCUUUGACAUCCUGUGCAUCACCAUCUCCUACACUAUGAUUCUUCGGGCAGUUGUGAAUUUAUCAUCAGCAGAUGCCCGGCAGAAGGCCUUCAGCACUUGCACUGCUCACAUCUGUGCCAUUGUCAUCACCUACGUGCCAGCCUUCUUUACCUUCUUCACACACCGCUUUGGGGGACACACUAUUCCUUCCCAUAUACACAUCAUUAUGGCUAAUCUCUACUUACUCAUGCCUCCCACAAUGAACCCUAUUGUGUACGGGGUGAAAACAAAGCAGAUACGAGAGUGUGUCAUUAGGUUCUUAUUUAAAGGAAAGGAUAAUCCUUCUCAUGACAUUUAA